GGAACCCCUGGAACUGGAGUUACAGGUAGUUAUGAGGAGAGUAGCAAGUGUUCUUAAUCACUAAUACAUUUCAUCAGCCCCCAAACAUAUAUCUUUGUGGAUCUAUGUACAGAAGAUUUUUUUAAAAAAAGAUUGCAUUUUAAUUGUUUAAAUGUUUAUGUGGGGAGAGGGUUGUGCACAUGUGUGCAGGUGUCCAUGAAGGUCUGGGUCAUGAUAUCCCCCUAGAGUAACAGUUGUGAGUCGCAAGUUUGUCCUGGGAACCAACUCGGGUCCUCUGGAACACCAGUAUGGAUUGUUUAUUGCUGAGCAAUCUCUCCUGUCCCAUAAUAAUUCUUAUAAGGGCUUCUAUUAUCUGUAAAAUAUUUUAUUUCUGGAACAUAAAUAUUAGGUAUAAUAUAAUAACAUUAAGAUCUGGUGGAACUAUGUAAUGAUAUUAGUAUUUAUGCUAUCAGUUAUCAUUUUUUUAGAAGAGUUUGUGCUUAAGGAUUCAGAGGAUAAGAGUCUAUGAUGACAGAGCAAAGGCAUGGGGCAGGAGCAGGAAGUUGAGGUUUCACAUCUUGAACCACAAGCAAGAAGCAAAGAACAAUGUGUACCACAGAGGUCUAGGGAAGAGGGAGUUUUAAAAAGGAAUAGGGAACUAUUUCAAACGUUGGCCCCAAGAGUUAAAAUAAUUGCAGUUGGGUAACAGGGAAUGAUUAGCGACUGUUUGAAGUAUCUAUUGCACCAGUAGUGAACAGCAAGUAGGCAAGGCAGUGCAGGUGGUUCAUAGAGACGUGGCUACUUAUUCAGCUGAAUGAUUAGUCAAACUUUUUCAGAGUGGAAAAGUUCUCUAUGUGCUGAGCACUCACUUAUCCAGAACAAACGGAAGCAUUUAUAACUACAGGCAGGGUUUAAGAAGCAGAGACCUUCUAUCCAGCAAGGAGAAGAGGCACAAGCUUCUGCAGUGGACAAAAGGUAGCAAGAAAGGUUGACCCGGGCAGGAGAGAGAAAAGAAAAGAAGGAGUGUGUCCAGGCUAGUGAAUUAACCCAAUCGAUCACAAGUCAGAAGGCUGGACUAGCGAGAGUCAAGGCUGAAGAGUAGUGUCAAUGAUGUGAACGACUUGAGGCAUUGAAAGGUCCCACAGAGAACUGAUCUGAAUGGACGGGGUGUGUGUGAGCAUCCUGAGCAGUACUGCCAACAACAACGACCUCUCCUGUGCGCUGGCUGCCCUGGGCUCUCACAGGCAUGCUCAUCUAAUCCUGACCAUGGCUUUGGAUAGGACUAUUGUGUCACUAUUUUUUUAUGAGACAAUCUAGACAUAGAAAGUGAAAAGACUUGAAUAGGACCACAAAGAGCAGAUCUGAAACCCAGAUCCAGGUUAACCUGGGUGGCCAUGACCUCAGCAGUGUCCAGUUCUCAGUGCGGAAGUGGAGGUUAAAUGACAGACGCAGAAAUGGCCGGCGGAGAAGGAGGUGGGGAUAGUUUCCAAUGCAUACUUCUUUCCUCCUUUGUUUGGUGUUUGCACAAGCCACUUUUUUCCCCCUUCAAACUUCAAUUAUUGUUUUCUUUAUUAAAACCUCAAACUUCUCAGAAAUUUUUGGAUAAGUCCUUAAGUUUUCCUUUAUUCACGCAAAAUAUUUGCCAUCUUCUCAGAAAUUUUUGUUAUAGUCAUAGCUUUGUUCAGACCGACUUCCAUUUAUUUUAUUUUAUUUACUCAAGAUUCACCAUCAUUCUUCACAGGAUUAUUUUAUCUUUGCCUGAAGACGGUGCUGAGGUUUAGGAAGUGAACAAUAGUUUAGGGAGAUAGCCUGGGCAAGUACCACCUACCCAAGAAAGCAGUCACACGGGCACCCUCAAGUGCCAAAUCUCUGCCCGCUUGUGUGCGGUUCAGCAACUCUGCCGUGUGUACCUUGGACAGCUCCCUAGAGCUUCUUUUUUCCCCCUGGCGCUUGGAAUACCGUGAACUUGUUCACAGUAUUUUUUUUUUUUUCUUAGCAGGCAAAGAUCUGGAUAUUUAGUACAUUUUCACAAGGAAUUUAGUAUGACUUCUCUUAACUUGCAGAUCAUUCUUCGUGAGAUGGAAGAACACUGGUUUUAUAGAUACUAAAAAUCACUCCUCGACUUAUAGUUCCUAUUGCUUUUGUUAAAUCAGUUUGCUAUGAUCAUUGCCCCUCAGUUUCCCACCUGAACGACUUGAAUGAAGUAUGGUUCUAAAUGGCUAGCAGUUAGUAGCAGUUUUCCAUUUUAAAAGAACUCUCACCUCCGCUGUAUUGUUUGUCUGCCCAUUAAUUCUGGGUGGCAGGAUGGAUUGUAUUGUUCCCAUUUUACAGAUGAUGAAGAACCACAGGCUUGGGGAGAUGGAAAGAACAGCUGGGGGAGAAAGCGAUGGGACCUGGGUCUGGGAUCUGGGUCUUUUAGGUCUGGGCUUCCGAUGCCUUUGUUACUUUGAGGUGGACUAUCCAGGCAUCUUCCGAUUAAUAUGCAUGGUCCCUUUUGAUCGCUUCCCAUUUCUAUUGGUUUCUGCUUCCCAGCAGAUAAAGGGGCUUCCCACCCCUCCCAGGCUGGACUGCUGUAAGGAGCAUACCUGGGUUCUUCCUGUCUUCAGUUUCUCCUCUUUUUUUUUUUUUUCCCUGUGGACCUUCCAGCUUCACCAUCUAUGGAAAUCUCCUCCUUUCCCUAGCUCCAACCCCCACCCCCUCAAGUCUUCUCACAGCCCCCUGGCAUUGGGACCUCCCAUCGCUGCUCAGCAGCAGGAGAGCCCAUCCGCCAGGGGACGCAGAGGGCACGGAGCGCAGCACGCCGGGAAGCCAUGCAGAGUGUUACUUCUCCAUUUCCUUCCUCGCAGUCCUCGGGAGCACCGUCGUCGCCCUCCGGCCCGGCUGUGUGCAGCCCGCCCCGGAUCCGCCUCCCUGCCCUUCCUCCCGGAGGCUGAGACGGCGCGUGGGACGCACCUGUGCUCCUCUCGGGUCACCGCGUCGAGGCGCCGGGGGCUGCUUCGCCCGCAGGAUCUACGGGCCUGGAGAACGCCAAUGGGGAGAUCCAAAUGGUCGGGGACUCCGGCACUUUAAGAGGCUUUUCUCUGGGAAACACCCGGCCCCUCCGUGCGCCUUAUGAAUGGAAAUACUCCUCCCCCGGUCGAGCCCAUUUUCCCAUUUCACCAGGAGCCGCAGCUCGCUCUCUCCUUUCGGUCUCCCCGCCCACAUCCACGCGGGCAGCUCCAGGAGGGGACGGACAGGAAGCCUUUGGCCGCCCAUUAAAUCCCACCCAUUUCUCCGGGGGCGAUUUCCUAACCUUCCGGGACCGAAUUCUGCAAUUUGAUGUGCGUUUUGUCCGAAUGGUAGCGACACGGGCCUAAGGGAGGGGGAAAGCGAGGGGGUGGGGGGUGGGGGGUAUGCGCUCUUUUCCUCGCAACAUCGCUGGCGGAGCGAGGGAGCUCACACGACACAGAUUUUGGGGCAAAGCCUUUCCAUCUGGACAGCACCAUGUCCACCAAAGCGGAGCAGUUUUCUUCCAAGAUCCGGUACUUGCAGGAAUAUCAUAAUCGAGUUCUCCACAACAUUUAUCCCGUGCCAUCAGGAACAGACAUCGCAAACACCCUGAAGUAUUUUUCCCAAACAUUGUUAAGCAUUUUGUCCCGCACAGGGAAGAAGGAAAACCAAGAUGCCUCCAAUUUGACAGUGCCCAUGACCAUGUGUCUUUUUCCUGUGCCAUUCCCACUCACCCCAUCUCUAAGACCGCAGGUCAGUUCCAUCAACCCUACUGUUACUCGCUCCCUCCUUUACAGCGUCCUGCGAGAUGCUCCUUCAGAACGCGGCCCGCAAAGUCGUGAUGCUCAGUUGUCAGACUACCCUUCUUUGGACUACCAAGGCCUCUACGUGACUUUGGUGACUCUCCUGGAUCUAGUUCCUUUACUACAGCAUGGCCAACACGAUCUUGGACAGUCAAUAUUUUAUACAACCACAUGUUUGCUACCCUUUCUCAAUGACGAUGUUCUGAGCACUUUGCCCUACACGAUGAUUUCAACGCUAGCUACCUUUCCUCCAUUUCUUCACAAGGAUAUUAUUGAAUACCUUAGCACAUCUUUUCUACCAAUGGCCAUAUUGGGCUCCUCCAGGAAAGAAGGCGUCCCAGCUCAUGUGAACCUCUCUGCGUCCGCCAUGCUAAUGAUUGCAAUGCAGUACACAUCUAAUCCAGUGUAUCAUUGUCAAUUACUGGAAUGCCUCAUGAAAUAUAAGCAAGAAGUCUGGAAAGACCUUUUGUAUGUGAUUGCAUACGGGCCUUCACAGGUGAAACCCCCAGCGGUGCAGAUGCUUUUCCACUAUUGGCCCAACCUAAAGCCUCCUGGGGCAAUAAGCGAGUACAGGGGGCUGCAGUACACAGCUUGGAAUCCCAUCCACUGCCAGCACAUCGAAUGCCACAAUGCAAUUAACAAGCCGGCUGUGAAGAUGUGUAUAGACCCUUCCUUAUCAGUGGCUUUGGGUGAUAAGCCACCCCCACUGUACCUCUGCGAAGAAUGCAGCGAGAGGAUUGCAGGGGACCACAGCGAGUGGCUGAUUGAUGUUCUCCUGCCACAAGCUGAAAUAUCUGCUAUAUGUCAAAAAAAGAACUGCAGCUCUCAUGUCAGAAGGGCGGUCGUCACCUGCUUUUCCGCAGGAUGCUGCGGUCGUCACGGAAACAGGCCAGUUAGGUACUGCAAAAGAUGCCACUCCAAUCACCACAAUAACGAGGUGGGGGCCGCCGCGGAGACGCACCUCUACCAGACCUCCCCACCCCCCAUCAACACGCGGGAGUGUGGGGCGGAGGAGCUGGUCUGCGCUGUGGAGGCUGUUAUCAGUUUGUUGAAAGAAGCGGAGUUCCACGCCGAGCAGAGGGAGCAUGAGUUGAACCGGCGGCGGCAGCUGGGUCUCUCCUCCUCCCACCACUCCCUGGACAACGCUGACUUCGAUAACAAGGAUGAUGAUAAGCACGACCAGAGGCUGCUCAGUCAAUUCGGAAUAUGGUUCUUAGUGAGCCUCUGCACACCCAGUGAGAACACGCCCACAGAGAGCCUGGCCCGGCUGGUGGCCAUGGUAUUUCAGUGGUUCCAUUCCACGGCGUACAUGAUGGAUGAUGAAGUUGGAAGCUUAGUGGAAAAGUUAAAGCCCCAGUUUGUUACCAAGUGGUUGAAGACAGUAUGUGAUGUCCGCUUUGAUGUCAUGGUCAUGUGCCUUCUUCCCAAACCCAUGGAAUUCGCCAGGGUUGGCGGAUACUGGGACAAGUCCUGUAGCACCGUGACUCAGUUAAAGGAAGGGCUCAACAGGAUUCUCUGCCUGAUCCCCUACAAUGUGAUCAGCCAGUCCGUGUGGGAGUGCAUUAUGCCAGAAUGGCUGGAGGCUAUCCGGACGGAAGUCCCUGACAACCAGUUAAAGGAAUUCAGGGAAGUAUUAAGCAAAAUGUUUGACAUAGAGCUGUGUCCUCUGCCAUUUUCCAUGGAAGAGAUGUUUGGUUUUAUCAGCUGCCGGUUUACAGGAUACCCUUCCACGGUGCAGGAGCAAGCCCUACUCUGGCUUCACGUAUUAUCGGAGUUAGAUAUCAUGGUUCCACUUCAACUCUUGAUAAGUAUGUUUUCUGAUGGUGUUAAUUCUGUUAAAGAAUUGGCAAAUCAAAGAAAGUCAAGAACCAAUGAGCUGUCAGGGAACGCCGCAGCACGAAGGGUGAGUGUCGCCUCUGAUCCUGGUCGGCGAGGUCAGCACAAUAUGUUGAGUCCGUUCCAUAGCCCCUUCCAGAGUCCGUUCCGGAGUCCCAUGCGUAGUCCAUUUCGUAGCCCUUUCAAGAAUUUUGGGCACCCAGGAGGAAGGACUAUUGAUUUUGACUGUGAAGAUGAUGACAUGAAUCUAAAUUGUUUCAUCCUCAUGUUUGAUCUUCUCCUAAAGCAGAUGGAGUUACAAGAUGAUGGCAUCACGAUGGGUUUGGAGCACAGUUUGUCAAAGGACAUUAUUUCUAUCAUCAACAAUGUCUUCCAGGCCCCCUGGGGGGGCUCCCACAGCUGCCAGAAGGACAAAAAAGCGAAGGAGUGUAACUUGUGCCAGUCUAGUAUCCUCUGCUACCAGCUGGCUUGUGAACUCCUGGAGAGGCUAGCUCCCAAAGACGAAAGCCGGCUGGUGGAGCCCACAGACAGCCUUGAAGAUAGCCUCCUUUCUUCCAAGCCAGAGUUCAUUAUAGGGCAUGAGGGAGAGGAGGAGGAGAACCAAGCAGCCAGGCAUGGAGAGAAUCCAGGCACCCGUACAGCGCCCUCAGAAAAUGCUGCAAUAAAGAACGACACGGAAAGAAAAUUUUGCUACCAACAGCUUCCAGUAACGCUGAGACUAAUAUAUACCAUUUUCCAGGAAAUGGCUAAGUUUGAAGAGCCAGACAUUCUUUUUAAUAUGCUCAAUUGCUUAAAGAUUCUCUGUCUGCACGGAGAAUGUUUAUACUCUGCGAGGAAAGACCAUCCUCAGUUUUUAGCCUACAUCCAGGACCACAUGUUGAUUGCAAGCCUGUGGAGAGUAGUCAAGUCCGAGUUCUCUCAGCUGUCCUCAUUGGCAGUCCCUCUCCUUCUUCACGCUCUGUCCCUUCCUCAUGGUGCUGACAUAUUCUGGACAAUCAUAAACGGCAACUUCAACAGCAAAGACUGGAAGAUGAGGUUUGAAGCAGUGGAAAAAGUAGCUGUCAUUUGUAGGUUUUUGGAUAUUCACUCAGUGACCAAAAACCACCUGCUGAAGUACUCACUGGCACACGCCUUCUGCUGCUUCCUGACAGCUGUGGAGGAUGUGAACCCUGCAGUUGCCACCAGAGCAGGUCUCCUGCUUGAUACCAUAAAGAGGCCAGCACUGCAGGGUCUCUGUCUCUGCCUUGACUUCCAGUUUGACACCGUGGUUAAAGACCGCCCCACCAUCCUGAGCAAGCUUUUACUCUUGCAUUUCCUUAAGCAAGAUAUCCCUGCUUUGAGCUGGGAGUUCUUUGUCAACAGAUUCGAGACACUUUCUUUAGAAGCUCAGCUGCAUCUGGACUGUAACAAAGAAUUUCCCUUUCCUACAACCAUCACCGCUGUGAGAACCAACGUUGCCAACCUCAGCGAUGCUGCGUUGUGGAAAAUCAAGAGGGCACGCUUUGCACGAAACCGGCAGAAGAGUGUACGGUCUCUGAGGGACAGCGUGAAGGGGCCCACAGAAUCCAAGAGGGCGCUCUCCCUCCCUGAAACCCUGACCUCCAAAAUCCCUGUGAGGUUGACCAGGCAUGAGCAGUCUGCUCCAGCUCUCGGUGGGACACCUGAACAGACGCCAGGACAACAGUCUCCUGAGAAUGACAACACCAUCAAGGACUUGCUCCCAGAAGAUGCUGGAAUCGACCACCAGACAGUCCACCAGCUGAUUACAGUGCUCAUGAAGUUCAUGGCCAAGGAUGAGAGCAGCGCGGAGUCAGACAUCAGCAGCGCCAAGGCCUUCAACACCGUCAAGAGGCACCUCUACGUCUUACUUGGCUAUGACCAACAGGAAGGCUGCUUCAUGAUUGCACCCCAAAAAAUGCGCCUGUCAACAUGCUUUAAUGCAUUUAUUGCAGGCAUUGCCCAAGUUAUGGACUAUAACAUUAACUUGGGCAAACACCUUCUCCCCCUCGUGGUCCAGGUGCUCAAAUACUGCUCUUGUCCUCAACUACGGCAUUAUUUCCAACAGCCACCUCGCUGCUCCCUCUGGUCCUUAAAGCCUCACAUCAGGCAGAUGUGGUUGAAGGCCUUGCUCGUCAUCCUUUACAAGUAUCCAUAUCGAGACUGUGAUGUCAGCAAGAUCCUUCUGCACCUGAUUCACAUAACAGUCAAUACACUCAAUGCGCAAUACCAUAGCUGCAAGCCCCAUGCCACGGCAGGACCUUUGUACAGUGACAACAGCAACAUAAGCAGAUACAGCGAGAAAGAAAAAGAAGAAGAUAGUGUUUUUGAUGAAUCUGAUAUUCAUGAUACACCUACUGGACCCUGCAAUAAAGAGUCUCAAACUUUUUUUGCAAGAUUGAAAAGGAUAGGCGGCAGCAAAAUGGUGAAAUACCAGCCGGUUGAAAUGAAUGUUCAGAGAAGUGAAAUAGAACUGGCCGAAUAUAGAGAAACUGGUGCGUUACAAGACAGCGUUCUGCACUGUGUGAGAGAAGAAAGCAUUCAGAAAAAAAAGCUGCGCUCUUUUAAACAAAAAUCUCUUGAUAUAGGGAAUGCAGACUCCCUCUUGUUUACAUUAGAUGAGCAUCGUAGGAAGUCCUGCAUAGAUCGCUGUGACAUAGAUAAGCCUCCUGCCCAAGCUGCUUAUAUCACACAACGGCAAAAUGACUACCACGGACGCUCUAGACAGAAUUCUGCUACGAGGCCGGACAGUACUGAAAUCCCCAAGAAUCCGGCGACUGAAGGUUUUCAAGAAACACGAAGGCCCGUGAUACCAGAAGUUAGGUUGAACUGUAUGGAGACGUUUGAAGUGAGAGUUGACUCCCCGGGAAAGCCCGCCCCUAAAGAGGAUUUUGAUCUCAUAGAUUUGUCCUCAGAUUCAACGUCUGGACCAGAGAAACACUCUAUACUCUCAACAUCUGACAGUGACUCUCUUGUAUUUGAGCCUCUCCCGCCUCUCAGAAUAGUAGAAAGUGAUGAAGAAGAUGAGAUGAUGAACCAGGGGAAUGAUGGUUCCUCGGGUAAAAAUGCUGCCUCCUCACCCUCCAUCCCCAGCCAGCCCUCUGUCCUUAGCUUAAGCACGACUCCUCUUGUGCAGGUCAGUGUGGAGGACUGUUCCAAAGACUUUUCCUCUAAGGACUCAGGAAAUCACCAGUCAGCAAGCAAUGACGACUCGACCAUCACAGCUGUGGACGAGCUCACCGACUCUGAAGAGCUGUCGAAGUCACAGGAGCUGAGAGAGUUUGCCUCUGGCAGUCCGCUAACACUAAAGCAGAAGCGAGACCACCUCCAGAAGUCACCUGCGGUCCCCGAGAUGUCAGUGGACUACAACCCUGACCUUGGCACGGCUGGAGAGAAGGCAGGCCAGACACCAACGUCAGGGGCCAAAACUGUGCUCCUCAAAGUUCCUGAAGAUGCUGAGAGUCCAAUAGAAAGCGAGAAGCCCAACUCGAGCACUGAGUCUGAUACAGAACAGAACCCUGAAAGGAAGGCAGAGGAGGAUGGGGCUGAGGAAUCAGAGUUUAAGAUUCAGAUCGUCCCCAGACAGAGGAAACAAAGGAAAAUUGCCGUCAGCGCUAUCCAGAGAGAGUACCUCGACAUCUCCUUCAACAUUCUAGACAAACUGGGUGACCAGAAGGACCCAGAUCCAUCUGCUAAAGGACUUUCAACAUUGGAAAUGCCACGGGAAUCUUCAUCUGCCCCUACAUUAGAAGCAGGUGCCCCCGAAACAGGCAGCCACUCGUCAAUAUCAACUCAGUAUAGGCAGAUGAAAAGGGGAUCUCUGGGAGUUGUGACAAUGAGCCAGUUAAUGAAGCAACAGCUGGAGCAUCAGUCUAGCGCCCCCCAUAACAUCAGCAACUGGGACACUGAACAGGUACAGCCCGGGAAACGCCAAUGUAACGUGCCAAUGUGCCUAAACCCCGACCUGGAGGGACAGCCGCUGAGAACAAGAGGUGCCACUAAAUCUAGCCUGCUGUCAGCACCUAGCAUAGCCAGUAUGUUCGUGCCUGCACCCGAGGAAUUCACGGAUGAGCAGCCGACGGUGAUGACGGACAAAUGCCAUGACUGUGGGGCCAUUCUCGAAGAGUACGAUGAAGAAACCCUGGGACUAGCCAUCGUGGUCCUCUCCACAUUCAUCCACCUGAGCCCAGACUUGGCAGCCCCGCUGUUGCUGGAUAUCAUGCAGUCUGUGGGAAGGCUCGCAUCCAGCACGACCUUUUCUAAUCAAGCAGAAAGCAUGAUGGUUCCUGGCAAUGCAGCAGGUGUGGCCAAGCAGUUCCUUCGCUGUAUCUUCCAUCAGCUGGCACCCAAUGGCAUCUUCCCCCAGCUGUUCCAGAGUGCCAUCAAAGAUGGAACUUUUUUACGGACCUUAGCCACAUCGCUCAUGGACUUCAAUGAGCUGAGCUCAAUUGCUGCACUCAGUCAACUCUUGGAGGGUCUAAAUAACAAAAAGAAUUUACCAGCAGGGGGUGCUAUGAUCCGCUGUUUGGAAAACAUUGCCACGUUCAUGGAAGCUCUGCCCAUGGAUUCUCCUAGUAGCCUCUGGACCACAAUCAGCAACCAGUUUCAGACAUUUUUUGCCAAGCUGCCUUGUGUUUUGCCUCUGAAGUGUUCUUUGGAUUCCAGUCUGAGAAUCAUGAUUUGCCUCUUGAAGAUCCCUUCUACCAAUGCCACGAGGAGUUUGUUGGAACCAUUUUCCAAGUUACUCAGCUUCGUCAUUCAGAAUGCGGUCUUCACUCUGGCCUACCUGGUGGAGCUGUGUGGCUUGUGCUAUCGAGCCUUCACCAAGGAACGGGAUAAAUUCUACCUGUCUCGGAGUGUUGUUCUGGAACUUCUCCAGGCCUUGAAGUUCAAGUCUCCAUUGCCAGAUACAAACCUCCUGCUUCUUGUCCAGUUUAUUUGUGCAGAUGCUGGAACCAAGCUAGCUGAGUCUACCAUUCUGAGCAAGCAGAUGAUAGCCUCCGUGCCUGGGUGUGGGACAGCAGCGAUGGAUUGCAUACGGCAGUACGUCAGCGAAGUGCUGGACUUCAUGGCAGACAUGCACACCCUAACCAAGCUCAAGAGCCACAUGAAGACAUGCUCCCAGCCUCUGCAUGAGGACACCUUCGGUGGUCAUCUCAAAGUUGGCCUGGCUCAGAUUGCAGCUAUGGAAAUCUCCCGGGGCAACCACAGAGAUAACAAGGCUGUGGUCCGCUAUCUGCCUUGGCUCUACCACCCUCCUUCCGCCAUGCAGCAAGGACCUAAAGAAUUCAUCGAGUGUGUCUCCCACAUCCGGCUGCUGUCCUGGCUGCUCCUGGGGUCCCUCACCCAUAAUGCGGUCUGUCCCAAUGCCUCCUCCCCCUGCCUUCCAAUACCUCUGGAUGCAGGUUCCCACAUCGCAGACCACCUUAUUGUUAUCCUAAUUGGAUUUCCAGAGCAAUCAAAGACCUGUGUGCUCCACAUGUGCUCCCUCUUCCAUGCUUUCAUCUUUGCUCAGCUCUGGACGGUGUACUGCGAACAAAGUGCCGUGGCGACAAACGUCCAGAAUCAGAACGAGUUCAGCUUCACAGCAAUACUAACAGCACUGGAAUUUUGGAGUAGGGUGACACCCAGCAUCCUUCAGCUGAUGGCUCACAACAAAGUGAUGGUAGAAAUGGUGUGUCUCCAUGUGAUUAGCUUAAUGGAGGCAUUGCAAGAAUGCAAUUCAACCAUUUUUGUCAAGCUGAUCCCUAUGUGGUUGCCAAUGAUUCAGUCAAAUACCAAGCACUUAUCCGCCGGCCUCCAGCUUCGUCUCCAGGCCAUCCAGAACAACGUGAACCACCACAGCCUAAGGACGCUGCCCGGCUCGGGCCAGAGCAGUGCUAGCCUUGCUGCCCUCCGCAAAUGGCUGCAGUGCACCCAGUUCAAGAUGGCCCAGGUGGAGAUCCAGUCCUCAGAAGCAGCCUCUCAAUUCUAUCCUCUAUGAGUGGACUCCUGGCUCCAGCGUCAACACUCUGGCUUAGCAAUAAUGGGUAUAAAAACAAACAAUUUGAUCCAGGCAGGUUGGGAAACACUGGUACUGUACAGUCUCUUUCUAGUUUAGUAUCAAGACGUGCAGGCCGGACAGGGCCGCAAACGAAGCUUUCUUGCUACACGCAUUUCUGAUGACUCCUUGGGCUAUCUGAUUAAGUGUUUCCUUACAUUAUUUUUUAAGAAAAAAAAAACCAAAUCAUUUUUCUUUAUCUAACUUCUAUUUUUUUUAAGAAAAAAUAAAAAAAACAGACUGGUGGGUACUCACAGAAAAGUUGUAUAAAGCCCCCUGUUGCUAUUUUUGAUGAUAGAGAAUAAAUAGGGUUUUUGAAACCUUUGUAGUGUUUUUUCUUAAAACUCUACUCUUGGCAAUGCAAUAAAGCAAAACAAAAACAUACAAAAGUCACCAGAAUCCAGUGACACCUGACCGAAGCUUUUUGCCAUUUGUCAUUAUCCUGGGAAGAGGCAGCUUACUAGGAACAUUACGAAGUGCACUUAGGAACUAGACGGUUAAUCUGUGCCAAUUGUUUUUUUUUUUCUUAAUAUACUUUCCAAAACUGUCUGGUAAGUCAUUUUAUUAUUAUUGU